CUGACCAAGUUCAGCUCUCAUCUCCGACUCAUCUACGUCUUGGGAUCAUCUGGAUGGUAUAUCGGUAACAGACCGGUCUGCGGGCCAUGGCGUAAGGACUGGAAGAGCUUUGCAUGCAUCUCACGGAUCAGGCACCCAUAACUCCCGUCACCGCUCACGGAGGUCCCCGUCGUCUGCCGGCAGCCUUGGCUACCAAUUCUGCUGGCUGAGAGUGGCUGCGCCUUUGCAUGGGCUCUGAAAGGGAGGGUCAAAAGAGCAAAGUCUCCGCUGGAGUUCUAUAGUGUUAUUUCUCUUUGUUUCUCGUCCCCAGAAAUCUCAUACGGUAGUAGCCUCUGCCGUAAUUGUGCCGACUUACUUAUCUAUAAAAACGAAGCGCAAAUCAUGGUUGGAGUUGCUGGCAAGUAUAAAGGCUGCAACACUUGUCGAGGCAGAAGGGUAAAGUGUGACAACACACGCCCAUAUUGCAGAAAAUGCACAGACAGCGGACGAGAUUGCGGGGGAUACGAACGCGAAAGGGUCUUCAUCAUAGGCACACCCCGAGAACAUGGGCGAUGCUCCUCGCACCCACGUCGAGCCGUCAGCGGCAGAUCAUCGCGAAAGACCCCUGCAUCAUCAGGGUCUGACCGUCCAGAAUCUGAGGAACCGGCAGUGUUGAGACUUGAAGGCGCCCCCGAGACGCCCGUGGGGAGCAGGAUGGAUGGGUUUGACAUGGUGCCGACCGAGCCGCUUCGCCCUGCAUGGGACGAUCUUGUCUCCGUAUCAUGCUCCAGAGUGACAUUAAGCCUACAAAUUGCAUCUCUCAACACAGAUUUGUCAAUGGUUGACCAGAGCGGCCAGGUUUCGAACGAUUCCAGGCUCAAGACCAUCUCACUACCUCCGUACAAAUGUCCAGAUGCACGUCGAUCCAUGGAUGAUAAUGAUUCUGAGAUGCGGUCACAUUGCUUGACGCAUAUCUCAGACGUCGAGGAAGUUCGCGACGAGAUUUCGGGAAAAGUAACAGGCACGGACAGUAUAUGUCUGUUUCUCUUCGAGCGCAACUGGUCCGCCCUAUCUUCAUCUCUGCCGUCUUGGAUUCAGGAUCCUGCACCAUCGAACUCUGUCAGACAUCUUGGCCCCGAAAACUUCAAGAAGUUUCCAGCACAUCACUUCUUCGCUCGGGUGUACCGACCAAAUGCUUUAUUCGCCGCUAUCAUUAACCACAAGAGCACAUUUCUUGCAAGCCCCGAAUGGACGAGUGUGCCGUGGGAACUUCACUCAAAAUCAGACAUCGAUCGACUGCUCGACGUAAUCGCCCUCAUUCCCGCCUUGUUGUCCCGAGCCGACCAUAUACUUCCGCACACCCCCACCCUGGAACGGAGAAUGCUGGCCAAUGACCUGCUGGGGAACUGUCUAAAUGUGCAAGGUCUUCUGGACGGGUGGCUUCUCUCCGUUGAUCACGACCUGGCCAGCGAUGGCACGCCGGUACCUCAACAGUUAUACUGGGUCAAUGCCAUAGACGAUUCGACGAACAUCCCCUUUGCGGACAGCACGUAUGGCUUCAGGGAUCUAAAGAUGGCAACAGCACUGAUCUACUACUGGACUGCCUUGCUGAUUCUGCUGCCCUGCAUCGAGCGCCUGAACCAAGCCAUCUACGAACCUAUCCCCGGGUCCUUUCCACAGCUCUUCCCAGCAGAGUUCUACAGCAUGACGCAGCCAGGCAGCAUGUCGAUGGGCCUCAUGGCGACGCCGCUUCCAGGUGGGUUAGGUUCCAUGGUGACCACCACCAGCAGCAGCAGUGGGGGUGUCAGUAGUGGCCACAAGAGCACACAAGAGCUCGCGGUCAGCAUCUGCAGAAGUUUAGAUUUUGCGCUGGAACGCAGCGUCCAGCCCGACCUGCUCGCCGUGCCUCUGACCGUGGUCGAAGAGCACUAUCGAGAGAUCAACAUGGCGACUGGAGAAGCCGCCAUGGAGCUGAUGUGGUGCCAGGCGUUUAGGGAGCAAUUGACGGCCAAAGGGCAGGGGAUUGCUGAUGUCGUACAACGACGCACCUGGAGAGAGGUGCGUCGGUUUGGACCUUGACUUGUAGUUUGUCUUGUUAAGCUUUUGCUUCCUGGGGGCUGCCUUUUUUGUGAUUUGUUCAUUUGUAUUAGAUCAAACAACAAAAGGCAAUGAUGGUCAAUUGGGACUCGUUGUCGGAUAUGUUUCUGUCGUGAUUAAAGACAUGCCAUGGAUUGAUAGGAUAUAUUGAUGGAUAUAGAUCUUUUUUUUUAUCUUUUUUUUUUUUUUUUUUUUUUUUUUUUUUU